AUGCUCAGCAAGUUUGUCAGAGAAAGUUUUUUCGGGCGUCUUUUGUACCACGCUACACAGCACAAAUUGUUUGGUUAUGCCGAGGAGAAGCCUGGCUAUGUCAUUCCAGAGAAGUAUCUUCCCGGAAACAGUGUCGAAUCUACUGAUUCCCUUGACAAGUUGAAAGAAGAGCCUCGUGCUUCGCUUUCGUCUAACGAAUCUCUGGAGAAAAGUCUCAAAAAGGAAGACGACUUGAUAAUUGUCGGCUGGGAUGGUGAGGACGACCCAGAAAACCCAUACAACUGGCCCUUCUUCUACAAGAUUCUAUUUAUUUUCGAGAUUGGUAUUUUGACUGCCUUUGUGUAUAUGGCGUCAGCAAUCUACACACCGGGAGUCGAUGAAAUCAUGGAAAAAAUGAACAUCAACCAGACUUUGGCCACUUUACCUUUGACGAUGUUUGUUUUCGGAUACGGCAUUGGGCCCAUGGUUUUCUCGCCAAUGUCGGAAAAUGCCCGCUUUGGAAGAACUAGCAUCUACAUCAUCACCUUGUUCAUCUUUUUCAUUUUGCAAAUUCCAACAGCAUUGGUGACUGAUAUUACCUCUUUGUGUGUUUUGCGUUUCAUCGCUGGCUUUUUCGCCAGUCCUUGCUUGGCCACAGGAGGUGCCAGUGUCGGAGAUGUCACUGCCAUGCCUUACAUUCCUGUUUCCAUCAGUGCCUGGUCCAUUGCCGCAGUUUGUGCUCCAUCCAUGGGUCCAUUAUUCGGUUCCAUCUUGGUGGUUAAGGGAAACUACCACUGGACGUUUUGGUUUGUGUGUAUCACUUCUGGAUGUGCUUUCCUUGUGUUGAGUUGGUUCCUUCCAGAAUCAUACCGGGAAGACCAUCUUGUACAGAAAAGCCGAGAGAUUGAGAAAGUUGACUGGCAACGAUAA